GUAUCUCGCUGUCCCCUUUCUUAUUCGUCUUUCCUUGCUCGUUCUUUCUUUCCGUCCCUGACCUUUUUGCUCUUGCUUCCUUGUUCAUUUCGCUGCAAUCGCCAUCACCAUCGACAUUCCCUCAACCCAAUCUUGGAUUCAGCUGAUCCCCCUCUCCCUCCUGUAACGCUGUCUUUCUAUUGCUCCCCUCUCGUAUUCUUCUCUUCUUUCUUUAUCCACUGUACAAUUCCUCACCCUUUCCUGCCGCAUUAUAGUCCUUGUCAAUUGUUUGUUGUUUGGUUCCUUCCUUUCUUCAUUGUAUUCACCGCCUUGUAUAAAAUAUUUUAGUGUCCUUUUCCAUCUUAGUGUGCCUUUCCCGCCUCGCCCAAACUCAAUUCGUUUCAUUUUUACUGCCAACUCGCCGUUGACACCUCUCCGCAACACCCUCUCAUCCUCCUUCUGGCCACGAUGUCCUCGUUCUCCAUCUCGAACGACGAUAUCGAUCCUGCCAUCCUCGCAGAUGUCACUCGAGUCGUGCAGGAAUUGAUGCGAAUGCAACAGCUCGAACAACAGCAACAACAACAACACCAGCAACCGAAGCACCACAAUACCUUCAACUACUCAUCCUCUGAAAAUUACGACAACGACUUCAGUGAUAGCCCGCAAAUGGAUCUUCUGGAUGAUUCCUCACAUGGGUCUCAGGGAGGUAGAGAAGCACUAGCGUACGGUGAAGGGAUCGAGGUCGAGGUGUCUCUUCAGGGAGAGGCGAUUAUUCUACAAGGAUCCAGCGUUAAUGUCCACGCCGACAACGAGACCAAAGAUCAAUCCUCGUCACUGUCCCUAUCUUCUACCUCGUCCUCUGUCUUCCCAGUCUCAGGAGCGUCUUCAUCGACGUCUUUUCACGGCGAAGCAUCCACCAUCGCACCCGCAUCUUCAGUAGCUGCUCAAUCCCCUCCACUUCAUCUCGAAGGAUCGCCUUUCUCUCAACAGAGCAAGGUACAGUCUCUCGUACCAACCUUCUCUGAAUCGGACUCAGUUGUCAACGAUAGCGCCAAUGCUUCUGGAAACGACCAAGUGCCGAUCAGCCUCCUGUCUGGUCAAAAGACGCCAACAAGGGCUACAUCCUCGGAGAAGCAACCCACUUCCGGCCCUGACGAGCCUGACCACAAGUACUUCGAGCACAAACCCGUUGACAUCGACUUGUUCGAUGUCUCUGCUUCCGAUGCCAAUGCCGACAACGAUUCUGUCUCGGCAGCAAAGUCACCUGCCGCAUCCAAACCUUCACCAUCCAAAUCGAUCGUUCCAAGGUCUAUGCCUCAACCCCUUACUCGGCCUCAGCGAAAGAAGGCGCUGCUGAUCGGGAUUAACUACUUUGGUGACCCGAACCAGUUGCUGGGAUGCAUCAACGACACUCGGGAUGUUUUUGGAUUCCUUAACGGGUAUUUCGGUUUCCGUUACCAGGACACGAUUAUGUUGACGGACGACCAAAUUUACGAAGACAAGAGGCCGACUGGUGCCAAUAUCCGGUACUGGAUGAAGUGGUUAGUCAAGGAUGCUGAACCUCAGGAUUCUCUCUUCUUCCACUAUGCAGGUCAUGGUGGACGGAUCAAAGAUUUCUCAUACAAUGGCAAGGCUGAGCACUUAGGAGAUGAGGCUGAUGGCUAUGACGAGAUUAUCUAUCCAUGCGAUUACCUGAGAUCUGGCAUCAUCUCUGACGAUGAGAUGUAUGAUCUCAUGGUCAAGGAGCUCCCCGCAGGCGUUCAGCUCACAGCCCUCGUGGACGCUUGUCACAGUGGAACGAUGCUCGAUUUGCCAUUUGUUUACAAUGGAGAUCAUGUCACCGCCCUCGAGAAAGUGACAAGGACCAAAGUUGGGGCCAUGGCUGCCAUGUCCGCGAGCGACGUUCAGUUUGAUCUUCCCGGUUCAAACAAUGGCAGUGUUCAGACACAGACCACAACCACAACCACCACCACUACAACGGUAACCAUGACAGCUUCCGGUGCAGGCUCCAGUCCCGUCGUGGCUCAGUACACGAACGGUUCUGUCAUGACUGUCACUGGAAAUUUGUCACCGCCCGGCGGCCUGCCUCCGAUCCAUAGCAAGGAAGGCGCCUCGAGCCCUGGUCAAGCGCAGAGUACGCGGUCCAUUUCUGCCACCGAGGAUGGCGACGUGGUUGACAAGGCUGCUGCGGCAUCGUAUGACGAUCUGGUUCCGCAACUGACUAUUAUCAGCAGCGACUUUUCGGACUCAAACGAGCAAUCCGUACCCCUUAUGAACGAUUUGACCUCGAUCGGUGGGUCUCUGUUGUCGCCAUCGUCUCUGGGAGCCGACUUGGCUUCAGGUGCCUUGAAGCCCUCUACCCGGCAGCGUACCAAAUCGGUAGCGAACAUUGGAAUCAUUGAAGAGAUGUACUCUGGUUCAGGGGAGGUGAUCAAUGACCACCGUGGCAUUGGGUGCGAUGCAAUGGAGUGGAUGGACCCAAACAGUACUGCCAGCGACGACGCCAACAGGAAUGGUUUACAAGAAUGUACUAUUAUAGUCGAGGAAGCCAAGGAAGUAGUUAAGGAGGAUGCCAGGGAGGAAACCGCGGAGGAAGAUGAGGACGAGGAAGAAAGAGAAUGCAUGGAGGAAGCGCGCAGGAUGGCCAUGUUCCGAGAGACCAAGGGCAAUGUCAUUAUGUUCUCAGGCUGCCGUGAUGACCAAGCGUCCGCAGAUAUCCGUGCAAGCGCCAAAGAUGCUGCCAUCAUCCAGAACCACCAUGCUACACUCGGCGCCGCAAAUGGAACGGCCGUCAACUGGGGUACGCCGACAGCGAUGAACGAUGCCGCCUCUAAUCCACUAGGAUACAGUCUUCCACAACCCUACACAAGUCCCAUGGCCAGGGGUGCUGUCUCGUACGCCUGGAUCCAAUGCCUAUCCCAAAAACCAAAUCAGACGUACGAGGAGCUGCUGAUCAGCAUGCGGUACUUCAUGAAGCAGCGAGAUCUGGAGCAAGUCCCUCAGCUUGGUUCAGGCAUGCCUAUGGAUAUGAGGGCUGUUUUUAAGCUAUGAUCGCAAUAACAACCAUUAAUAAUUAAAGAAAUCGCAUAUCUUUAUCUUUAUAUUCAUG